AUGGCACAACAACUCGGGGAGGAGACGAUGGAGGCGUACCAGGAUGUGUUGAACAAGUUGGCGAAUGUUGGGCUCAGAUACGAGUCUCGACCAAGUACUAGUGUGAUUCAAGGAAGUAGCAAGGAGGCGACGGUGUUGAUCUUUGUGCUUUGUCCGUGGGCGGUUCUUAAGCGCGAGGCAAUCAGGAAUGGGAUCCACGACUGGUUGACAGGAGUCAAAGUGGCAGAUACGGCCGAGGCCGAGGAGAUGCUGAAGCCAGCCAAGGAUCGGGAUCAAUCGCUGGACGACCUGACAGAAGCAGACAGGAUCCGAUUGAUCCAUGACCUCAUUACAGGACAACCCAGUGAAGGUGGAGCGGGCAUUUAUCCGACCGACAAUGAGUAUGUUGAGAGUAUCCUGCCUCUUCACGACGAUGAGUUCAACAAGACGUGGCUACGGACAUGGUCAUUGAAGUGGCUGGUCAACCAGGCGGACUUUACUCAGAUCCGAGACCACUUUGGUGAAAAGGUCACCUUCUAUUUCCAGUACCUCGAAAACUACUUUGUCUGGCUCAUCUUCCCCACCGCCCUCGGCAUCAUCAUCCAGUUCUUUGGACGGCCCUUCUCGAUUUUUUACAGCGCCUGUGUCCUUGUCUGGGCAGUCUUUUACAUCGAAUGCUGGAAGAGGCGCGAAAAGGAACUGGCUCUUGUCUGGGGCGUCCGCAAUGUCACCAAAUCUGAGAACAGACGGCCGGCGUUCAAGGGCGAUUCGAUUGUGACGGACCCUGUGACGGGAGAACAAAAGGCGUUCUUUUCGCCAUGGAAGAGGUGGGCGAGGAAGGUUGCUGGGUUGCCGGUCAUCUUCGCGGGCGCUUUGGCGCUCUCUGUCCUGGUCACUUUUAUGUUUGGUGUAGAGGUCUUUUUGGAAGUCUACUAUGGUGGAUACAUGAAAGAUGUCUUGGUAUACGUACCAACAGUCUUGUUUACUCUGGCUAUGCCCUACGUCGAGGAUCUAUGCAACGACAUUGCCAAAAACCUGACAGAUUUUGAAAACUACGAGACGGACGGGACAUAUGACUACCACCUGGUCCAAAAGGUCUUCAUCUUCAAAGUCCUCAACAGCUACCUUUCCGUCCUCCUCACAGCCUACGUCUACAUCCCCUUUGGCCCCCGCCUCAUUUCGGUUCUUCAGAGUUACGGACUCCCUUUUGCGACGGUCGCGAUUGAACCCAGUAUGCUCAAGGAUCGUUUGAGGGCGUUCAUGGUCUCGAAUCAGGUUAUUUCUUUUUUUACCGAGACGAUUUAUCCAUGGAUGUCACGGAAGCUGAUGAAGGGUGCUGCCAAGGUCCAGAGGGAAGUCUCUGAGGUGUUACACCAUCAUGAGCAAGAUGGAGAGGAUGAGGCGACUGUGGAUGAUUUUGGGAGUCAGGAAUCGGAGGAGGUCAGAAAGUUUCUGAAGACUGUUCAAAACCAGGUUGAUCUGCCUGUUUAUGAUGUCAAUGAAGACUAUGCCGAAAUGGUCGAGCAGUUUGGAUUUGUAUCCUUGUUUAGCGUGAUCUGGCCACUGACGGGUCUGUGUGCGUUUAUCAAUAACUGGGUCGAGUUGCGUUCAGACGCAGCCAAGAUCUGUUUCCAUACCCGACGACCCAUCCCCUCAAGAACAGAUAGCAUCGGACCCUGGAUCGACCAUCUCCAACACCUGACCUGGUUCUCGUCUCUCACCAAUGCGUCAAUGCUCUACCUCUUCCGAGGCGCGGCCGAUCACAAGGAUAUCACAGGAGCUGAUGUCAGCUCGCGGUUGAGUCUUGGGAUGAUGUUGCUCUGUGUUGUGGCAUCUGAGCAUGUCUACCUGGGUUUGAGGUGGACUGUAAGGACUAUUCUGGAGAGUAUCCCUACGGAGGCUGAUUUGUCGAGUUAUCGGAAGGAGUAUGGGAUUAGGGCGUCUUGGUUGACGCGGUUGAAUAGCGCUAUUGGGCGGACUACCUUGGAGGAUUUGACAGAGAGUGCAGGCGGCGGGAACUAUUCAGGGUCUGAUUCUGGGGUUGAAACGGGUUCGUUGAGGGGGUCUGUGAGCGGUCGGUUCCCGGAGAGAGAGUACCAGGCCAUGCGGUCGUCGUCGUCUUCGUCGUUGCUUGGUGGUGGUGCUGAGUCUGGAGGAGAUCUAGGUGCUCAAGCCAUCCAGUCCUGCUUCAAGACCCACUGA